AAAAGGCUAUUGCUUCCACUUCAUUCUCUUGAAUCAUCCACCGCCCUCAAGCGUCAAUUCCACAUCCUUUCGGGGCCUUGUUUCUUCCAUAAUUAUCUACUUGAAGUUUGCUCCUUAGUUAAUCACAGAGGAUGAGUGUGCGGUCCGUAGGAACGGUCACAGGGCCGGCACGAUGGGGUAGCAUCCAAUCUUUUGCUGCCUCACCCUCCAGUAUCCAUGGGCGGGCCGCCGCAUAUAGACGAUUAUCCACGUCCCCAUUGGUAUCGCGAGCAUCUGCAACGCAGAUACGUUCCAGUCCGACGCCGAACCCCCAAUCCUCUCCUCUCCUCUAUCUACGGAGCGAGUUCCUUCCGCAAGACGUCCUCUUCCGCACUGCUUCCGUUUAUGCGCGCAGCUUCCACUCGAAGUCCGCCCUGCAGCAACAAGCACAGAAGAAAGAAAAUGAGGCCACAAAGGACCGAGCAGAGCCCGAGGUGAAAGCUGAGAAGCCUGCAUCCGAGGGUGCUGCAGGCGAAAAGGCUGCGGGCAAGGAAGGUAGCGAGGGAUCGACCCAAGACAAGAAGGACGGAGAGGAGGGUGAGAAGAAGGAGGGCGAGGAGGGCGAAGAUGGCAAGAAGAAAGAGCCACCGCCACCACCCCCACCUCACGGCGACAAGACGCCAUGGCAGGUUUUCACAGAAACUUUGAAGAACGAGUUCCAGGCGUCGAAAGAAUGGAAUGAGUCUACCAAGCAACUUUCUGCUGGUGUGAACGAUUUCACACAAAAUCCUCGAGUCCAAAAGGCUCGAUCUACCUACAACCAGGUCACGGAUGCUGCCACCACGAAAACCGCCGAUGCAUUGAAGACUACAGGCCGUGCCAUUGGGCAAGGUGCUGCUUGGACAUGGGAUACCACACCUGUGAAGGGCGUUCGUAAGGUCGCAAACGUGACUGGAUCUGGCAUCGAGUACGUCACUCGUCCAGUUCGCCAGUCCAAAGCUUUCAAGGCAGUGAAGGAGACCGUCGAUGAUGGUAGCUCUUCACGUUAUGGUGGAUGGGUAGAAAAGGAGGAGCGUAAGAGGCGAAGAGAGUUAAGAGAACUGAACGAGCUGGAAAAGACGGGCGGAAAGCCUAGCCAGCCACUGGAGGAGGAUCCUGAGGCUGGCACGAACAUCACUGUCCAUAAGGAUGCCCGAUACAAAGAAGUCUGGCGAGAUUUCAGGGAGAACUCGAAGAUUAUGCAGGGGUUCUCUUCGCUGAAGUCAACAUAUGAUGAGUCCGAGAAUCCGCUCAUAUCUACUGCCCGCAGCAUCUCAGAUCGUAUUACCGGUUUCUUCGCCGAGAACGAGACCGCCAUGGUCAUCAAGAAGUUUAGAGAAAUGGACCCCAACUUCCAGCUCGAACCUUUCUUGACAGAGAUGCGCGAAUAUAUCCUUCCUGAAGUUCUGGACGCAUACGUCAAAGGAGACGUCGAGGUGCUGAAAGUCUGGCUAAGCGCAGCACAAUACUCCGUUUAUGCUGCUCUUAUGCAGCAAUACACCACUGCUGGCCUCAAGUCAGAUGGCCGCAUUGUUGACAUCAGAGGUGUUGAUGUUUUGAAUGCACGUCUGAUCGAACCAGGAGAGAUUCCUGUGUUUAUCAUCACAUGCAGGACCCAAGAGGUGCACGUUUAUAAGAAUGCCAAGUCAGGUGAAUUGGCCGCCGGAAUGGACGACAAGGUCCAGCAAGUCACAUACGCCAUUGGAGUUACGAGGAUACCCGAGGAUGUCAGCAACCCUGAGACUAGAGGAUGGAGGCUCAUCGAAUUGCAGAAGAGCGCAAGAGAUUAUUACUGAUCAAGCAGCCAUUUUUGCUCAUUUCCUAUUCCGGCACAUAAAAAAAUGUACUAUUAUCGUCCUUUCUGGCGGUUGUUUUUCCCUCUCCUACGGACGUUAGGUUUCCUGGCAUACGGUGGCGUCUUGAUGAGGUGGGCAUCUUCUCUUUUCACGUCUCAUUGCUUCAACAGAAAAGGCACGCAUGGUCUGCCUUCGUAAAGAGAUUGGGAGGCAUCAGACGAAAUGUUUGCAGCGUCUUAUGAGAUAUACUUCCCCGCUCUGUAUCAUGUAUAGUAUUAUAGCAGAAAUCUGCACUGUAAAAUCGAGGAACUGGCCAACGAACAGCCAAUGAAGGAAUGGAUGGCUUGAUGAAUGAAGUCAGGAACAAUAUCAUAUGUUGAGAUCUUGGCUGAUAUCUGCUAUGUUUGAGAGAAUGUCAG